CUUUCAGAUUGCCACACUGACGUUGGAUUAGGUUGAAGAGUUGAGUAGAAAGUAAGAGUGGCUGAGUGCAUGGAAUACAUAUUCACUUGUCUGUUAUUCGACGUAGAUUUGAUCGGGCCUAUGAUCGAUAGUGAAGUCAAAUACUUAUUAGGCUUAUUUUUCAUAAAUGCGGGCGACGUUAGAGUUUUCGUUUUGACACGGUAACGCCGGGCCGUCCGAAUUAGUGAUGAUCGGGUGAACGCCGUGAGAAUUAAUCAAAUUCAAGUUCUUACUUAGCGCGCUUUUACAACGGCAAGAUCGGGCAUCAUGAUUAACGGCCUUUCGUCAUGAAGGGGAUUCUAUGCUCAUUAGAUAUUAAAUGGAAACUGUGGCAAUCCUUACGUUUGCCCAUGACACCAACUAUUCGAGAAGAUUUUCGUUACGAUCACCAUGAAGCAUACAGAUUCUACAAAAGAUUCUAAAGCCGGAGCUGCAAGAAGAAAAGAACAAAACAGGAUAGCACAAGCAAAAAGAAGGAAUGGCAAAGAACAGUUAAUUAAAGAUCUACAAGAUAAGGUUGUACAACUUAGUCAAGCUUUAAGGAGUAAAAACGAAUUAAGUAAAGAGCUUUAUCGUUCACUUCAUCAAAUCCUAUCUGUCAAUAGAUUGCACGUUCAAGAUGGUAGCUCGCAUCAUUCCGUGUUUAAGAGUGACACACUAUACUCAGCCACAGUCUCACCGGAAAGUAACUUUACCGACUCGACAUUAUCGGAAAGCGUAGGAAGUGAGAGUGACUAUAGAUCCUACCCGAUAAACUCACAACACGCUCUGCAAUGGUCUCAAGGCUUGCAAUUAUACAGUGAAUCAUCUACUCACGGCUUAGGUGAAUGCUUGCAAGAAAGUAAAUUGAAACAGAGAGACUCUCUUACUUCGAUUGAGCAGGUUAUGGCUGAGUUAAUCUUCGAUCCGAUGGUUACAAGAAGACUUUCUCACGAAGACGUACAGCAAGGCACUUCUCUAUCUGGGUGCGAAAAGUCAAGUGUAAAUUCGAAUUGCGUUUCAGUCUCUUCAAACAACCCUUACGUCCUCGAUUCGGCUGUAAAUCAAAACGAGAGCAAAAUAUCAGCACUAACAUUACCACAACAGAGCUGGAUUAAUGAUGAGAUUACAAUGGAAGAUUUUGAACAAUUACGUAAAUCAGUUCAAUGCUAUUGUGACGGCAUGCAAUCAGCAAACAAUUUUAACAAAGAACUUGGAGAAGGCAUGCCAGAACAUCUGGACUAUAAUGCCGCCAACUUUUCUUCAAAGAGCUCGUUGAACGACGACAAGGAUUUAUAUUUGGGUGGUAUAAAUAUGCAGGAUUGGAAAUUCAACUUGCCUCAUUCCUUUUGACUUGUGACGAGAGAGAUAAUAUAGUAACUAAUAAUAAUGAAACUAUGGUGCAUAUAUGUACUUUUAUUUGAUUCGUAUAAUAACUGUUGGCGUGCACUGGACUUUGAAUAUGAGUUCAAAUAAAGCCAAAAAGUCUUGAUAGAUCAACCAUACUUGUUGUUCUCCUAGGUUUAACACCUUUAUGUUUCGAGAGAACAUACAUUGCUCCUAUAGUAGCGUUCUUGCAAUCAAUUAUGCUUCCUCUCAUCUGGCCAAUCGAUUCGUGGUCUGUGCCACACAUGCUACUGCUGCAAUGAUAACAUGG